UUUCAAAAGAAGGGAACUUUAUGGGUCCCUCUAUUUAAAACCUGUGGUUUGGGGAGAAGAUUAUAGCCUGCCAAAGUCAGGAAGACUUGUACAGAACAGUAGCCCAAAGGCCAGGGCCACCCUAAUCCCUAAUCUGCUCAGUCCUGCACCCAGGCUCCCUGACAGCCACCUGGGAGCGACUGGGCCCAGGUGUGCAGAGCUAGGGAGCUGGCAAGGGGCAGCUCUUCCCCAAGGAUGGGCCAAAGGACCCAGGAGGAGGCCGCAGCCUAACAGCUGUGUUUCUACCAGCCAAGGAACAGUGCCCAUCAGUCGUUUUAUUUUAAGUGCGGCAAACAAAAACCUGCAGGGAGAGACUCCAGCUAAAAAUUAUUGUAAAAUGUGGUUAACAGUAACUCCCAAGUUCUGAAACAACUACUUUCAUUAAUUUGGGGUUAAGCAAAAGCUAUUUGGUUCAAAUCCACUUAGAAAAUCUUUCUGCCCAAAGGUGAGGAUGCGUGAGACAAGUUUCCUGUUCUGUGAUUUGGCUUGUAAUGCCCCAUCGUGGUUUUGAAUGUCGGUUGGGUCCAUGAGGACAACGAGCUGGAAAACCUCUCUGCCUCUGCAGCUGACUCAGUGCGGGAUGGGGAACCACGUGGGGAAGCGGGAGUUCUGCGCUGAGAAGGCCCAUAAGGAGGGCGAAGCCUCCAGAGGGGAGUCUGAGAAAAAGAGGAACCUCCGAGAACUCUCCCGGGAGCCCUCGGGGGACAGCGACGUGUUUGGAGAGGCAGAUGUGGGCCAGAACAAUGGGCCCUGCUCUCGGGACACAGCGGUGACAGACUCCAAGCGCACAGCGGACCCGAAGAAUGCCUGGCCGGACGCCAACCCAGCUGACCCUGGCGGCCGCCCCCACUUGAUCCGCCUCUUCUCCCGAGAUGCCCCGGGGAGGGAGGACAACACCUUCAAAGACAGGCCCUCAGAGUCAGACGAGCUCCAGACCAUCCAAGAGGACAGUGCAGCCGCUCCCGAGGGCCUGGAUGCGAUGGCGUCACAGAAAAGACCCUCCCAGAGGCACGGAUCCAAGUACCUGGCCUCCGCCAGCACCAUGGACCACGCCAAGCACGCCUUCCUCCCGAAGCACAGAGACACGGGCUUCUUCGACUCCCUGGGGCGCUUCUUUGGAGGUGACAGGGGUGUGCCCAAGCGGGGCUCGGGCAAGGAUGCUCACCACGCAGCCAGAACCACCCACUACGGCUCCCUGCCCCAGAAGUCACAGCACGGCCGGCCCCAGGAUGAGAAUCGCGUAGUCCACUUCUUCAAAAACCUUGUGACGCCUCGCACACCUCCUCCAUCACAAGGAAAGGGGCGAGGAAAGUCCCUCAGCAGAUUCAGCUGGGGAGCCGAGGGGCAGAAGCCUGGAUUUGGCUACGGGAGCAGAGCUGCUGACUACAAAUCUGCUCACAAGGGACUGAAGGGCCAGGACACCCAGAGCACGCUUUCCAAAUUCUUCAAACUGGGGGGAAGAGACAGCCGCUCUGGAUCGCCCAUGGCCAGACGCUGAGCCUGACUCCUGUUCGCGAAUCCUGUCCUGGCUUCUUAAUAAUCCCGCCCUAGGAUUUUAACACUGUCCCAUCCAGUCCACCCCUCGUUCUAGACACCACCUCUUGCUAGUGCCUUGGCCUGUGCGCACAGUCGGGUCAGGCACACGCAACCUACUGGCAGUUUUUGGCCCUCGGCUGCAUGGAAAACACAAACACAAAACAGUUCAACUGUUCCUACUCUAUGUCUGAAGACAAAGUGUCCUGGAGUCUCAUUCCGCAGCGACGCGCCAGGCGCCCUGGAGCCCGAGCCCCGCGGCGCCGGCCUGGUCCCACUGACCCUCCGUCCUUGGACUUGCUUUGCAUGCUGACCCACCCCCGGCUUCAGGCACUGCUGGGAGGCACUGCUGUGACACAGGACACGUGCGGGUGGUGGGACUGUGGCCACGCUUCCUCCAGUUCCUGUCCCCGCCCUGACUCACCUCCUAAGGCCCCUUCACCUCCUAACAGGACUAGGCAGCAGGAGUGGCGUCACCCCCGCGGGAGCUUUGGUACGUGGAUGCCGGUGGGCAGCUUGGAAGAGAGCAGAGUGGUGGGCACAGAGGCCCCGUGGGCUGCUCCCACGCCAGAGGGGCUGACCUCGUGUGUGAUGGAGAGGGGAAGGAGGCAAAAGGGCCGGGCAGUAGCCUGGGGCAGGAAACAGGCGAGGACAUAGCAGGGACCAGAGUGGCCCCUACAGAGCCCUGUUUCGUCACCAGAGCCCGGCUGAGAGCUCGGGGAGACCUGCACAGAGAAAGUGGACUGUAGGAGAUUUUGGGGUGGCCGCACAGUGUCACCCUGGUCACUGGAAAGCCGACCGUGACAGGUGGCAUGCUCAGCAUGGCAGUGCACAUUGCAAACACUAACCUCGUGGAAGAAUAACCCUCCGUGUGCUUGCAUCCGGGGAGUGAAUGUGCUGCGUGACUAGGCUUAGUAGGGCCCACCCCUGAUCACCAUGAACCUACCCCUGCCCGGGCCCCUGAUCCUGCCCUUGCCCCUGAUACUGCCCCUGCCUCUGACCCUGAACUUAAUCCUGCCCCUGCCCCUGCCCCUGAUCCUGACCCUGACCUAUGGCUGGGCCUGGCUACUGAGGCUAGAAAAGCUGUCCUCUGCACAGUACCCUUCUAAUGUGAGCGGACACCCCCUGCCCCUCCAUAACGUACUGAUUGUGCCUUUUGAGUUUUAGUGCCUCUUCUCAGCCUUCCCUCCAGACCCCCUGCAGCCUCCUUCUCCUCUAGAAUGAAGAUGAGGAGUGGCCUCCAUAGGGCCCCUCUAAUCCCAUCUAAUCCUGAAUGUUGAGUGUGGGUUUAUAUAAUGUCUAUUAACUCAUAGCCUCAGUGAUGAGAAGGUAACAAAAAAAAAAAAAAACAACACCCAAAAAACAAAAAACAAAACAAAACAACCUUUGGGAAACAGAACCUCCAAUUGCUCAGCCUGAGCGGUCUGCGUGAGCUGAUGUUGGUGUGAGCCCCAUGCAGAUGACCCCUGACAGCAGCCAUGGCUGUCCCGGGGAGAACACACUGUUCUUGAAUAGUGACAUAAAUAAACUUUUAAUGA